AUGAACUGGACAUUUGCUUGGGAAACUUUCCCCAGAAAUAUCAAGCUCCUAAUAGUCUUCAGAACAUACGUGUGGAAUCAGUGGUAUUAUUAUCUACCUCAAGCAGUUGGUGCUUAUCUUCUUUACGAUUGGGCAAAGAAGAAGAAUUAUGAAGUAUCAAGAAAAAACCCAGCCGACUAUGCUAACGACCAGUAA